CGGAAAAACAUAGAAACACCGCGCGCCCCCUGACGCUAACUCUUUCCUCCUCCGCUUCUUUGGCUUUUUCCGACGUCACUAUCGUUCUCUCUCCCUCCUGAUUCGAUUCGUCGAUUAUUAAGCUCAUCCUCUCUUUCUCUCUUUCUAUCUCGAAGAUCUAUCUUUGAUAUUGUGAAGAAGAAGACGAUGAUUCGACUAAGAACAUACGCAGGCCUCAGUUUCAUGGCGACUUUGGCUGUAAUAUAUCAUGCUUUCAACAGUAGAUGCCAAUUUUACCCUGCCAUGGUUUAUUUAUCAACAUCAAAGAUCAGUUUGGUGCUGCUUCUCAAUAUGUGUUUGGUUCUUAUGCUCAGUCUCUGGCAUUUGGUCAAGUUUGUCUUCUUGGGAUCCCUUAGGGAAGCAGAAGUCGAGAGGCUGAAUGAGCAAGCUUGGAGAGAGCUCAUGGAGAUUCUCUUUGCCAUUACUAUCUUUCGACAGGACUUCUCUAGUGGGUUUCUUCCUUUGGUUGUUACUCUUCUGUUGAUCAAGGCUCUGCAUUGGCUUGCCCAGAAAAGAGUUGAAUACAUUGAGACCACUCCUUCUGUUUCUAAGCUGUCUCAUUUUCGUAUUGUCUCUUUUAUGGGUUUCCUUCUUCUUGUGGAUAGUCUCUUUAUGUACAGUUCUAUACGCCACUUGGUUCAGACGCAUCAGGCUUCGGUUUCUCUCUUCUUCUCAUUCGAGUAUAUGAUCCUGGCGACAACAACUGUUGCUAUUUUUGUGAAGUAUGUUUUCUAUGUGACUGAUAUGAUCAUGGAUGGUCAGUGGGAGAAAAAACCUGUUUAUACUUUCUAUCUGGAGCUUAUCCGUGACCUGCUUCACCUGUCCAUGUAUAUAUGCUUCUUCUUUGUCAUAUUCAUGAACUAUGGUGUACCUUUGCACUUGUUGCGGGAGCUCUACGAAACCUUCAGGAACUUCCAAAUUCGUGUUUCUGAUUACCUUCGUUAUCGUAAAAUCACAUCCAAUAUGAACGACAGGUUUCCUGAUGCAACUCCUGAAGAACUUACUGCAAGUGAUGCUACCUGUAUCAUAUGCCGUGAAGAGAUGACAAAUGCAAAAAAACUAAUAUGUGGGCAUCUCUUUCAUGUGCAUUGUCUUCGAUCAUGGUUGGAGCGACAGCAAACAUGUCCUACUUGCAGAGCACUUGUUGUGCCUCCUGAGAAUGCCACAUCUGCAGCCGCAGGCCAACGCGGAUUACACCAAGGUUCCCAACAGGCAGGUACAUCAAGCUCAGGUAACCAGGGGUCUGCAACAAGUUCUUCUGUUGGCGUUUCCAAUGAUAAUUUGAGUAGGCACCACGCCAGGCUUCAAGCAGCUGCUUCUGCAGCCUCCAUGUACGGGAAAUCAAUUGUCUACCCAUCUGCAAAAACAGUAGCUUGGUCGCCGGGUAUUCCUGGAACAGAGCAAGUGUCAACUGAACCACAUCAAACUCGUCCUUCAUCCUAUUCCCCGUCUCCAUUUCCUCAGCACAGCCUUCCUAGUGAAAACCCUCAAGCCUAUGCAAAUAUGUCAGAGACUAAGCUGGAAGAAAUGAGAAAAUCUCUUGAGAGCCACCUCGAGAUUUUGCGAAACCGACUUCAUUUUCUGGAGAAGAGGAAACCGGAAUCCACCGAGUCCACAAGCGAACCAGAUAACAAAGGAAAAUCGGUUGCGGAUGCAGCGGAGUAAACUCCAGUGAAGAAAACAAGACUCAGGAAUAUGUAAGUUACUGAGGCAGAGAGCAGAUAGAGAAAGGAGAAAGCUUUGGUGGUUCUUCCCAGAGAGACACACACAAAAAAAAAACAUGAUUCUCCAAAAAAAAAAUGUACAUGUCUUUUAUUCAUUGUCAUAGAAAUUAGAAGCUUGAGACUAAAAAAUAUGAACAUACUGAAUCAUAAACGGUUGUUAUUGUAAUUCUUGGGGUUUUGCAUUACUCUCCAAUCUUUCUAUACGACUCUUGAAUCUUUC